UCCGCCCCGCGCUGUCGGAGGUUUGCGAAUACCCAGAGAGGAUAACACGCUCUACCGGGGAAGCUCCACGCUGCUCCGUGAAGCUGAAUGGAAAGAGAGUAGCGGGCUGAAAGCCAGGAGGGGUUAAACCUACCGCAUCACCUUGUAGCAAAGCGCGGUGUGAGCGGCAACGGUGCGACUCCUCGAGCCGGCGUGCGACACCGCUACGCGCAGUUGUGUCGGGCGCAAACAAGGGAAUGACAUAAACAUCCCCAGAGAUGGUUUACCACCCGCGGGGGCUUUCAGAGACACUGCUGCUGCUUCUGUGAGCACUUUUGUGUCCUAAAACUGUACAGACGAAAGGCGGGAUUACGGAAAGUGCUUCUUCUUCUUCUUCUUCUUCUUCUUCUUCUUCUUCUUAUCAGCAAAGGGAUUAAUUAUGCCGGACCAAAUCACGGUUUCAGAGUUUGUGGCAGAGACGAAUGAAGAUUAUAAAUCGCCGACUGCCUCGAACUUCACCACCAGGAUGUCCCACUGCAGGAACACAGUGGCUGCCCUGGAGGAGGCUCUGGAUGUGGACCGCAGUGUUCUGUACAAAAUGAAGAAGUCUGUGAAGGCCAUCUACACGUCUGGUCUGGCCCAUGUAGAGAACGAGGAGCAGUACACUCAGGCCCUGGAGAAGUUUGGAGAAAACUGUGUGUACAGAGAUGAUCCUGAUCUGGGUUCAGCUUUCCUCAAGUUCUCUGUCUUCACCAAGGAGCUCACUGCGCUCUUCAAAAACCUGUUCCAAAACAUGAACAACAUCAUCACCUUUCCUCUGGACAGCCUGCUGAAAGGAGACCUGAAGGGAGUCAAAGGGGAUCUUAAAAAGCCUUUUGAUAAAGCCUGGAAGGACUACGAAACAAAAGUAACCAAGAUAGAGAAGGAGAAGAAGGAGCACGCGAGGCAGCACGGGAUGAUCAGGACGGAAAUCAGUGGGGCGGAAAUCGCUGAGGAGAUGGAGAAGGAGAGAAGGUUCUUCCAGCUGCAGAUGUGCGAGUAUCUCCUCAAAGUCAAUGAGAUUAAAAUCAAGAAGGGGGUGGACCUGCUGCAGAACCUCAUCAAGUACUUCCACGCACAGUGCAAUUUCUUUCAGGACGGUUUGAAAGCUGUGGACAACCUGAAACCUUCCAUAGAAAAACUGGCCACAGAUCUGCACACGAUUAAACAGGUGCAGGAUGAGGAGAGGAAGCAGCUGACUCAGUUACGAGAUGUCCUCAAGUCAGCGCUACAGGUGGAGCAGAAGGAGGAUUCACAGGUGCGGCAGAGCACCACCUACAGCCUGCACCAGCCGCAGGGUAACAAGGAGCACGGCACGGAGCGCAGCGGGUACCUGUACAAGAAAAGUGACGGGUUGAGGAAAGUGUGGCAGAAGAGAAAGUGCACGGCAAAGAACGGAUACCUAACCAUCUCACACGGCACAGCUAACCGGCCGCCGGCUAAACUCAACCUGCUCACCUGCCAGGUGAAGCACAAUCCUGAGGAGAAGAGAAGCUUUGACCUCAUAUCCCACGACAGAACGUAUCACUUUCAGGCCGAGGACGACCAGGACUGUCAGAUCUGGAUCUCGGUGCUGCAGAACAGUAAGGAGGAGGCGUUGAAUCAGGCCUUCAAAGGCGACCAGCAUGUCGGCGAGAACAACAUCGUGCAGGAGCUGACCAAGGCGAUCCUCGGAGAGGUCAAGAGGAUGACGGGAAACGACGUGUGCUGUGACUGCGGAGCGCCCAACCCCACGUGGCUGUCCACCAACCUGGGCAUCCUCACCUGUAUUGAAUGCUCAGGGAUCCACAGGGAGCUGGGUGUCCAUUACUCCAGGAUCCAGUCCCUCACUCUGGAUGUACUCAGCACUUCAGAGCUCUUGCUGGCCAAGAAUGUGGGGAAUGCAGGCUUUAAUGAAAUCAUGGAGGCUUGUUUAAGUGCUGAAAAUGUGGUGAAACCCAACCCAGCCAGUGACAUGCAGGCGAGGAAGGACUUCAUCACCGCCAAAUACACUGAGAAACGCUUCGCCAGGAAGAAGUGUCCCGAUGCGACGUCGCGGCUCCACACAUUGUGUGACGCAGUGAAGGCCCGGGACAUCUUCUCCCUCAUUCAGGUCUACGCAGAGGGAGUUGACCUCAUGGAGCCCAUUCCUCUGGCCAACGGACACGAACAAGGGGAGACGGCCCUUCAUCUCGCAGUCAGACUGGUGGAUAGAACGUCUCUUCACAUCGUCGACUUCCUCACUCAGAACAGUUUGAACUUGGAUAAGCAGACAGUCAAAGGCAGCACAGCACUGCACUACUGCUGCCUGACCGACAACAGCGAGUGUCUGAAGCUGCUGCUGCGGGGGAAGGCCUCCAUAGAGAUCGCUAAUGAGGCCAGGGAGACGCCGCUGGAUAUCGCUCGGAGGCUCAAACACCUACAGUGCGAAGAGCUGCUGAACCAAGCACUGGCAGGGAAAUUCAACGCCCACGUCCAUGUUGAGUAUGAAUGGUGCCUGCAGCAUGAAGACUUGGAUGAAAGUGAUGAAGAUCUGGAUGAGAAGCCCAGCCCCCAUCGCAGAGACGAGCGGCCGGUCAGCUGUUACACCCCGAGCAGCAACUCCCAUCUCCAGACCAGCCAGGGCCCAGCGGGCCGUGAUGCCGCCGGCCUCGCCAAGGACAAGCAGCGCAGCUUCAUGCCCAACCUGGUCAACAACGAGACCUAUGGCACCAUCCUCAACACCAACCCGCCUCAGCCCGCCACCACCUCUGCUCCUCCCCUGCCCCCGAGGAACCUGGUCCAGUUAUCCGGUCUGGGGGGGAUUGGUCAAUCUUCAGCGUCCAGCAGCUGGAAGCCCGGUUCUUUAGACCUGGUUGGCCGACAGAGGUCGUCCUCAGACCCCCCCAACAUGCACCCACCUGUCCCACCCAUGAGACUCACUUCAACCGGAGGUCUGGGUCCUGCUCCUGUCGCGAAGAUGGAGACCAUGAGCAUACAGUCCAAGUCGAGCCAAGGACCAGCGGGGUCCAGAGCAGUGCCACCGAAAUCUCCAGCAGGCAAUGAUAAAAGCUUCAACCGAGGGCCCCUAAAUCGAACACAAUCUAUCGAAAGACCGGCUAAGGAAGUGCCAGGAUGCCCCCAGAACUCCAUUGGUCAAUCUCUGCCUCCAGCCCCCAUGCCGAGGAAGGCCUACCCCAAGCAGAGGCCAAAGCGAGUGAAAGCCAUCUACAACUGCGUAGCCGACAACCCAGACGAGCUGACCUUCUCUGAGGGUGAGGUGAUCGUGGUGGACGGAGAGGAGGACCAGGAGUGGUGGCUGGGCCACAUCGAAGGCGAUCCGAUGAGGCGGGGAGCCUUCCCGGUCACGUUCGUACACUUCAUCGCCGACUGAACAGUUCCUCUCUGGGUCUCAGGAAGCGUCACGGGACGCGGCGUGCCCCUUUCACCCGCCUGUGUCUGCCAGCCAGCAAAACCUCCACCAUCAUCCCCCGCGUUUGUCGUCGACAUCGUCACUGGCCUCAUCAGCAAGCUUGUUAUAGCGUCACAGCUGUAUCAUCACCUCGGCUGCAGAUGUGUGUGGGCGUCAUCAUGCCCAGGCUUUGGCCAGAAAGUCUGGGCGUCGCUCCUCGUGAGGACUGUAUGUGGUUUUAAUGCUUGCUGUUAAUGUUUCUGAAAAAGACUCUUUAAGAUUAAAAAAAAAAACGAUGAUUGUAGUGAACAACCUCUCGCAAUAAAAUGCACUUUCCUUGUCUUUAUCCUUGUUACAACUGAGACGACAUGUGACAUAAUGAAGGUUAUAUGUACAGUAUUCAUUUCAUCCGUUUUCUGCUCAGCUGCAUUGUACAGGCAGUCCUGAAACAGUACAGAGAAGACAAAAGCAAUGUAUUUUAUCUUACUAACAACUGUAAAUGUGAACAUAGUCAACACGCGCGCAUUCCACCUCUGUUCAUGAGCCGUUUUAAAUGCCUCCUGCAUGGAGGUUUUUCUAAUGGUGCUAAAAUAAACCUGGAAUAUGCUAGAAGCUGCACCCCAGGGAGCGCUCCCCUGUUCCCGUUUCAAAGACGAGACUGCCGUGGAAGGGGGUGAAUGUAAAAAUAGCCUCCAACUCAUCACACCUGCGAGAAACACACUUUCUCAAAGGUGUGUGGAGUGAAAGAGCUGCAGAGGAGUUCCACGUCAGCCACCUUCUGCGAAUGCUUCUCCACACAAAGAGUACACGCUGCCUGUACUAGUUCAUAGAUGAUUUUUGUACAGCGACACUCUUAGUUCUUCCUCCUCUGCUGUUUUAAGUCAAACGAUGAGGCCGACUGGAGCUGCAGCAGCCAGUAAUUACCUUUAUGCUGAGUCUGACACGUCAGGCAGUCGUUGCCUGUCAUCUGCCUGACUGGGGGGAUAGGAAGUGUUUGUGUGCGUGUCUCGUCUGCACAGAAUAAGCUGAGAAGGGAAACUGAAGUAAGAGGAUAUAAAGAAAAAAGCGUGGGAAUGUCAUGAGGCAGCUCCGUGACUUUUGUUGCUUCCUCUGGCCUUUGAGGGGCUGAUUUUUGAGCUCUCUCAUCUUUCUGUGUACAACCAGACAUAAAGAGAAAGGAAUAUUCUUCCUACAGCUUAAUACUCUCAUAUCUGGGGUCCUAUAAUGUAGAGAGAUGAGUUUAUCUAAUAGUGUUAUCAAAGAGAUAUAAAAUAUUCAAUUUAAUUAACUUCAUUUUGGUUGCAGAGCAACUUUCUGUCUGUUCAUAAUGUUGAUAUUUAGGCAUUAAACCUGAAGCCAGAGCCUUCCAUGCAUUUGUCACUGACCAGAGGAGAAGCAUGUGAAUCUUAGCUGAUCCGCUCUCUUCAUUGUGUUUAAUAUGAACUCACUGGAACAGGAAGAUUUAAUAAUCUAUUCGUGUAAAUAGAUUUGGUUUUGUUUUGUUGAUAUUUAAAUGUUAAAAAAAAAGAAGUUAACCUGGGCAGUAAAUGUCUUUUAAUGCGCUGUGGUGAUGAGCAGUUACAGAUAUGACCUCAGCUGGACGUGUGUGUGUGUGUGUGUGUGUGUGACUGGGAAAAUAAACUUCAUUCAUUCUCAUUAACCGUCUGUGGAUCACUGCAUCGACUCUUAACUCUAUUGUACAAGUAAACGGAAAAAU